CAGAGCUUGUUGGCGCUCGAGCCUCGCUGGUGGAGCACAAUGUUGAGACGAGGCGCGAUGAAGACAAGACUUUCUCUUCUUAUUAUUUAUUAGACGUCCUUUUUGAAAGUAUUCAAGUAUGCUGGCAGGAAGGCGGCGUGAGUGUCGAAGGACACUUUGUGUCUUCUUCUUCUGCGCCUUUUUCUUCCACUUCUGCCAAACUUCCCCCUCGUCUUCCUCGUCCUCCGACCUCCUGCACGGAGUAGUGCACCGACACACGACCAGGAACUGGUGCGCCUUCGUUGUGCAGAAGAAUGUCAGCUGUGCCGUGCAAGGCAGCGUGGAGAGCUUCCAGAGGCCUGUGGUGGCCCCGGGCCCCUGCCCGCCCUACAUGACCAACUGCCCCAUGGCAUACCAAACCCGGUUUCGCCCCACAUACAAGAUCUCCUACAAGAAGGUCACAGAGUUGGAGUGGCGAUGCUGUCCAGGCUACCAAGGACCGGGCUGUAGGGAUCUAAAACCCACCCCAGAACGCAACAUAGCGCAGAGAACUCAGCCUUACGAUGGUCCGUCUAAUCCUACGUAUUCAAGCAGACACCCGCAGAGACCAGAGCGCAGAGAGACGGGGCACCAUGAGACAAAUCAUGAUGAGACAGCGGCAAAGGUGCACCUUCUGGAAGGUGAAGUUCGGCGCCUCUCUCAGACUGUCCUGGACCUGCAGUCUGCCUUUAAGGAGUUAAAUGCCAACCUGCGCGCAGACCUCCAGGAUGACACCAAGAAGAUGUUGGUGACCCUCUUCAACAACGUGCAACCACCAGAUAGUGCAGCGAUCCCCGGACCUGAGGAGAGUCCUGCAGUGCUGGAUGGCCACCAGGCUUCUAGAGGUGGGAUGGCCGGAGACAAGGUCCUAGAAAAAAUAGAAGCUCGCCUGGAUGAUAUCAAUGAUGCGCUAAAAGGCAAGGAGGAGGUGCUGGAAGACCUGCGAGGGGCAGUAACGAGUCACGAGGGGCAAAUUCGUGUCCUGAUGGAUGCCUCACAGUCGCAGACACCCACCAUGAUGGAGCUAGAUGUUGUUCAGAGCUAUAUCGACGGAAAAGUGGAGAAGCUGAAGAACGAGCAAGACAAAACAAUGAAGGAACAGCUAGACAAGAUACAAGCGUCAUGCAGCAGCAAAAUCCAGUCCUUACAGAAGACUUGCGAGGACAGCCGUGACCAAGGAUUGGACAGCCUGACAACACUGGUGGACAACAAGGAGGCUGCCAUAAGAAAGGAGAUCCGGGCGCUGCGUUUGGACAUGGUGGCUGCAGACGGGCCUUCGCGGACUCAGAGGCAAACAGACCCUGUUAAGAAGCAAGAGGACCACAGCGACCACAAGGACUUGUGGCGUGAGAUCGACCGCAUCACAGAGGCUUACCGGACCCUGAACGCUCGCAUCGACAACGAGUUGGCCCACCUGUCAGCGCCUCGAGAGAACAACGACUUCAGCCCGCUGAUUGAAGAGCUGGAGGCCCGCAUCAACGUCACCGAACAAAAUGCAGAGACACAUUGCUUCUACGUAGAGGGAAAACUGACGCGGACCAUCUCAGAGGAGGUGGCAUCGUUGCGCCAAGUCCUGGAUGAGCGUCUGAACAGCAUGGAAGACCAGUUUACCAGUAUGCUGGUGGAGAUGAGCAAUAACUCUUUUCCAGGGAUGUUUGGAGACUCCAUGGAUGCCAUGCAGGCGGAAGUCAGCAACAACAAGUUCCUCCUCCAGGGUUUGGAUGACAAAAUCAACGCUGUCGGAGAGAUGUGCUCUGCAGGGUGCUCCGGAUCAGAAGCAACUGUUGGUGCAGGGAGUUUCUUACCAACAAAUGCGAGUCUGGAAAACAUCCGGACUGAUCUGCGUCGCUACAAAAACGACUUAAAUGUCCUCCACACGGUCGUCAACGCAAAUACUGACAAGCUGCAGCAAAUGCAGGACAACAUCAAAAAUGAUUCAGCUGGCAGCGACAAGGGUUCCAAGACUAUGGAUGACUUCCAGAAGGGGUUGAGUAACCUCCAAGAUAAUGUUCUUGGUCUUGCCGGUGCAGUCACUGGCCUGAGUGACUCCUUGAGCAAAUACAACCAAGACAUGCUCCAAAUAAACGCAACGUGCUGCCAGGCGGUAAAGAAGCCGGCGCUGGACACUGUAGGUGUCCACAUGGAGGAGCUGAAGAACAAAGUGGACACUCUCAGCAAGCAAGUGUCCACCGUGUUUAUCCGAUUUCAAGGAGUGGAAGGACGAGUGAGCACGCUUGAGAAGGUGGGUGGGAGGGUGGACGGCGCCUCUGCUGAUAUUGGAGAGCCAAGCAGCGGCCUGGAGAGACAUGUAAGUCUGCUGCAAGACGCUGUGAACAAGAUGAACGCCACUUAUGGAGGCCACGGUGCAGACAUCGUGGAACUACACAAAGCGCUGCAGAGGUUUCAGGCCCAGCUGUCUGUCAUAGUGAGACAGGUUUCCAAAGACAUCACUGCCAAGGAGCCAGGUUUGGUUCUUCGACCCGAGGCCCCGGCCAGAGGCCGAGUGAGACAAAUCCACAUACCUGUCAUCAUCCCUCCUCCGCCGAGACAUCCCAGUCAAGCCGGCCAAGCCGUCAUCCACACCGUCAACGUGGCCCCGCCCAACCAGCCGUCCAGCCCCCAGCGACCCGGCCGCCACGGCGUCCCCGUGUUGCCCAGCAGGCCCGUGGUGGAGACGGGCGAGGCGGGGCCACCGGGGUACAUGCGCAGGGUGACGGUGCGGAGGGACUCGGAGGACUCGUCCGCGCUGCCCGUCACAGGGUUCGCAGGAGCGCCAGCCUAUCCUCCUUUGCAGACUGCAUCUUUUCAGCCUCAGCCCAGCAGCCACAGAGGUCCACAGGCAGCCAAAACGCGCUGGAGUCCAUCAUAUCAACAAUCAGCAUCUUCAGUCAACCACCACGCCUUCGCCGAUCCUUUCUCCUUCUCAGCCGGCCUCACUCGCCAGCCUUUCUCCGGAGACUUUGGCGUCAUCUGCUUCGACAAGGUUCUGGUUAACGACGGGGGCCACUACAGUCCCUCCACAGGAGUGUUCUCAGUACCACAAGAUGGACGUUACCUCAUCUCAGGACUUCUGACUGCAAAGGAAGGUGAGCGCAUCGAGGCGGUGCUGUCCGUGUCCGACCGUAGUGUUCAGAGGCUCCAGAGCUCGGCGGCGGCGGCGGCGUCGGGUCAGCCCAGGAGCUCAGAAGUUUGCGGUUGUGGAGGCUCUGUGUCCUUCAGCCUGAUCAUGCACCUGAGGAAAGGAGACCGGGUCGGUCUGGUGAGAACCGCAGGCCAGCUGGCCACCACCGAGGCCAGGGAGAUCCUGUCCACCUUCAGCUGCAUCUUCCUGUACGGACCACCGGCAGCCCACCGCCACAGAUAGCCGCACCUCAAAGACUGGUAGAAGUCAGUUUUAUGCACAUGAACAUUUUUCAGCAGGAGCAAGAUUUGCUUCUGAUAUUUUUGACCUGCAUCGUAUCUUAGCUCUGUGAACGCGUGACUCGGCGACAUUAUCAAUGACUUGUGAUCAAUCACAUUUAGCACCAGCUCAGCCUUGAAGAGGAGCGACGGGUGAUUCAUUAAACACAUAACAAUGAUUUAUGCUUCUUUCCACAUCCUAAGUCUUUUGUUUAAUGACAAAAAUGUGAAAUCUCCUAAUCGGAUAACACACCUGCAAACUGCAAAAAAACACCUUUCUUCUUCUUCUUCAGUGAACAAUGUGCACACGGGAAAAGGCCAGCUGUAAUAACGCUGGUUUGACUUUUCACCAUUUCCCCAACUAAGAUGACACGAAGGAUGAUUGAUUGUCUCUGAAGGAUGAAAUCAAUAAAAUAAAAAAAAAGCA